UAUGUUUUGUUAACAAUGUGCUGAUAAGAGGAGACAGAGUCAUAAUACCUCAGAGUCUACAACAGCGUGUCUUGCAUCUCGCACACGAAGGUCAUCCUGGAAUUAGGAUGAUGAAGGGUCAUUUACGCGCAAAUGUCUGGUGGCCGAAAAUGGAUCAGCAUAUUGAACAGUUCGUCAAAAAUUGUCGUGGAUGCACAUUAGUAUCGGCACCUAACCCUCCAGAGCCGAUGAUUCGCAAGGAAUUUCCUUCGCGGCCAUGGGAGCAAAUAGCAGUUGAUUUUUUAGGUCCACUUCCGGAUGGUGAGAAUUUGUUUGUGUGUAUUGACUACUACAGCAGAUAUCUAGAAGUAGUUGAAAUGCAGGAAAUAACAUCUGCAUCAACAAUAGGUCAACUGUCGAUAAUGUUUUCACGGUAUGGAUUGCCUGUUUCAUUGCGCGCAGAUAACGGCCCACAAUUUUCCUCUGAAGAAUUCAACGCGUUCUGCAAAGAGCAAGGCAUUCGUCUGGAGAGCAGUAUUCCCUACUGGCCCCAGAUGAAUGGAGAAGUGGAACGGCAGAAUCGGUCUAUACUUAAACGUCUCCGAAUUUCUCAAGAGCUUGGACAUGAUUGGCGGAAAGAAUUGCGUCAGUAUAUUUUAACGUAUCACUCUACAGCGCACCCUACAACUGGAAAAUCUCCAGCGGAGUUGAUGUUCGGACGGCGUAUACGUACCAAACUGCCAUACAUCCCCUCCACUGUAAAUUGCUAUGAUGAGGACGUAAGAGACCAAGAUAGCAUUCAGAAAGAAAAAGGGAGGGUGUACGCAGAUUGUCGUCGAAAAGCAAAGCGUAGUAGUAUCGAGAUCGGCGACCACGUACUGGCAAAACGUCCGAAAAAAGAUAAUAAGCUAAGCUCUAAUUUCUCCCCGGAGGAGUUCGUCGUAAUGGAGAAGAGAGGAACGGACGUUACAAUUCGUUCAAAUUCUUCAGGAAAGCAAUUCAGAAGAAGUGCAGCUCAUCUGAAACGUAUACCAAAAAUUUCUGACACGAACGAUCACCGUAAUCGUGACGAGCCGGACCAUCCCGACACAGCCUAUCAGACGGGUGAAAACGGUCAUCCUGAUGGGAACGGUAUUUCUGAUGAGAACGAUUUCCUCGGCGGGAACAUAGAUGACAGCAGACAUGAAAACGCAACAGAAAAAGCCGGGCCAUCCGGGCCAUCUACAAGUGAGCGAUCCAAGAGAACCAGAGCCGAGUCGAGCCGACUCAAGGAUUAUAUAAUGUAUUAACAUCCUCACGCCAUUCAUACUCUUUUCAAAGAAAGACCAUGGAUAUCAAGACGGAAAACUGGGAGCACGGCUUCGCGAGGAGAGGGACUACAAGGACGUGAACGGUAUAGAGCGGUAGUGUCUAG